UAUUUGCUCCUAACAAAGGUUAUAAAAUGAGUAAUGCUCUCUUUACUCUCCUCCUUCACUGCUUCCUUCUCUAUUAGCCCAGUAACACUUUCAGAAGCUAUUCUCACCAUGGGGAACUUUGCUGCCAACGAGGGACUCUCCAUCUUUGUUAUUCUGGUAUGGCUCGGGAUCAAUGCCUUCCUUUUUGUCCAUUUCUACAUGGCCUUCCUGGUGGAAAAAUGGUUUUACACCAGAGUCCUGCUCGGGCAUGCUCUGUCCUGGGCCAGAGCUCCUGCUGCCUGCCUCAACUUCAACUGUAUGCUCAUCCUGUUGCCAGUCUGCCGAAACCUCCUCUCCUUCCUUCGUGGCACCAUCCAGUGCUGCAGCCGCACAGCGGCUCGCCAACUAGAUCGAAACAUCACUUUUCACAAGCUGGUGGCUUACAUGAUCGCCUUCCAUACAGCUGUGCACAUCGUUGCACACUUGUUUAACUUUGAGUAUUUCAUGGACGCCCAGCUGAAUCGCAACAGCAGCCUUCUGACCUUCGUCCUGUCUGAAAUCGGCACCGGGGACAACGCGUCCUUCCUGAACCCCAUUAGGACCAACGAGACGAGCCCUACCAUCGUCAUGUUCACCACCAUCGCCGGGCUGACGGGCGUGGCCAUCACGCUGGCCCUCAUCCUCAUCAUCACUUCAUCCAUGGAGGUCAUCCGCAGGUCCUACUUCGAGGUGUUCUGGUACACCCACCACCUCUUCGUCAUCUUCUUCAUCGGGCUGGUGUUCCACGGCUUCGGGCGGAUUGUGCGAGGACAGACGCCCUCUAGCCUGAAGACAAACAACCCCUUGGCUUGUUUCAACCAGUCUGAAAACUGGGGAGACAACAGCUCCAACUGUGCUGUACCAAUGUUUGCUGGGAACCCACCGAUGACGUGGAAGUGGGUGGUGGGUCCCAUGAUCCUCUAUGUGUGCGAGAGGCUCGUCCGCAUCUAUCGAUCCCACCAGAAAGUGGUCAUCACCAAGGUGGUGAUGCACCCUUCCAAGACUCUGGAGCUGCAAAUGAAGAGGAAAGGUUUCCAUAUGGAGGUGGGUCAGUACGUCUUCAUCCAGUGUCCGUCCGUCUCCCGGCUGGAGUGGCACCCCUUCACCUUGACCUCCGCCCCCGAGGAGGACUACUUCAGCGCCCACAUCCGCAUCGUGGGAGACUGGACCCAGGCGCUGUACGAGGCCUGCGGAGGAGACAAAACUGAGCCUCAGGAGGCCUGGAAACUGCCCAAGCUCGCCAUAGACGGCCCGUUUGGUACCGCCAGCGAAGACGUGUUUCGCUAUGAGGUGGUGAUGCUGGUCGGCGCAGGAAUCGGCGUGACUCCUUUCGCCUCCAUCCUCAAGUCUGUGUGGUACAAACGCAUCCAGAACAACCAGGACGUCUUCACCAAGAAGAUCUACUUCUACUGGCUGUGCCCGGAAACGCAGGCCUUCGAGUGGUUUGCCGACCUGCUGCAGUCUCUGGAGGGUCAGAUGGCGGAGAAGGGCGUGACCGACUUCCUCAGCUACAACAUCUACCUGACCCGCUGGAAGGAGACCGAGGCGGCUCACUUCCGCGUUCACCACGAGGCAGAGAACGAUCCAAUCACAGGCCUCAAACAGAAAACUCUCUACGGGAAACCUAACUGGGACAACGAGUUCACCAACAUCGCCUCAAAGCACCCGGGGACUAAGGUGGGAGUGUUCCUGUGCGGUCCGCCUCAGCUCGGCAAAUCUCUGGAGAAACAGAGUCUGUCUCACUCCGAGGCCGACGUCAAGUUCAUCUUCAACAAAGAGAACUUCUAACAGACGGAGACAAAGACGAAACGUCCCGAGUACUGAUGUUUCCACACGCUCCUUUUAUCUGAAUAUGUGAGGGUUUACGACGCUGGCAGCUCCUCAGCCAUCUCCUCUUCUUGCCAAACAUGCCGUUGUUGCUCAAAAACUGAGGAAAUAACCACAUUACCCUCUUCUCCUUUUGAGUUACAUCAAUCAGUGAAACUCUGCUGCUUUCAAAACCUUUCUUCCUAUUUUCAUUUCUAUUUGCUCACACCAGAGGUGGACAAGGUCAUGUAUUUCUGACACCAGAUGGUUCAAAGUAAAUCACCUAAAUAAGCUUUGUCUGCUACGGUGGGGCUGUUAAAGCAGCAUCAUUAACAAACUCCUCAAUGCUUUCUACUGAUAAUAAAUACUGCUGAUGAAUCCUGGAUGAGGCUUUUAUAGAUAAUAAGUGCAUUUUUUGGUCUAGUUUGGUUGGACUUCUUCUUACUGUGUACUCAUGUCUGAAAAAGUGACUAAAUGUACAUAUUUUAGGUAAAUUGUACUAAAACAAAUGCAAGUGUAGAUGUGAAGAAAUCAUGCAACGUGAGUAUCUUUGUGUAUUUUUUGGACGGUUUAACUGAUACAACAUUUAAAGACGUCACCGUGGACUCUGGGAACUUGUGAUGUGUAUUUCUAUCUGCUGUCAUCUCUUUGCACCCUGCAGGUCUAAUGAUUUUACUUUUUUGGAUAAUAAACUUGAACUUUCAAAGG